AUGCCUAGAAAACUCCAGUUUGUUUGGCCCAAGGAUGGCCCCAAGGGUAGGAAUGAUCAUGGCGGCUUCUUUGGACGCAUGGGCGACGUUCUCACUAAUCGUGGACCGGAUAUUUUUAUUCAAAGGAAAAAAUCCAAAACACCCAUUGCUCCAGAAGAAUGGGGAAAUUGGGAUUCAUACCACAUGCGGUCCGCCCAGUACCUCGAGAACUCUCAGCCACAUAAGUCUCGUGGGAGGCAAAGAUACGACCCCGAAACGAGAAAAUAUGUAGAAUGGCAUAUAGCGGAUGAUUUUUACAGACGUGGCGUUGAUGGUCUGGGUCCAGGCUCAUAUCCGAGGUUCACGAUGGAUGAAUGGAGCAAAAUGGCGAGAAGACUAAAUCGUGGAAGGCCGAUCAACCCUAGAAGCAUGGGCUCAGAUUGGAACCACGACGGCCCAAACAGAUUUCAACAGAAACACGACUGGUUCUGGCAGAAUGCCCACCAAACUGCUGAAAAUAUACGUCAAGGUCUGCACCCACAUCUUGGAGUGAAUCAGAAUCUCCAGAUGCACCAACAGUGGCCUCAAGAUUUGAAUGACUGGAUGGAUGAAGCUGAGCUGUGA